AUGUCUGCUCAGCAAUAUUACCAGCAAGGGCCCCCUCAGGGCUACGGAAGCCCUCCUCCUCAGGGCUACGGCCCUCCUCCUCCCCAGGGUUAUCCACAAUACCCUCAACAGUCUUAUGGACCACCACAGGGCCAAUAUCCACCUCCACAGCAGAUGCAGUAUCAGCAACAACCCCCUCCGCAGCAAAAAUCGGGAGGCGGCGGCGGAUGUCUCAAGACCUGCCUGGCCACACUUUGCUGCUGCUUCGUCUGCACAGAGUGCUGUGAAUGCGGCUUCGAUUGUAUGGAAUGCUGCUUCGAUAUGUGCUGA